CUCUAGCGUCGCUUGUCAACUAAGCUGCCCACCCAUCGGUCAGCCCGCCCGCUCGCUCGCCUGCCUGUCUGCUAGCUAGCUGGCUCGCUCUCCUGGCAUUGCCUGUACCCGCUUCGUGAAACGGUGAGACGGCGCGAGGCGAGGAGUUGGGAGCAGCAGCAAGAGCAGCCGCAGCCGCCGCCGAGAUCCAGAGGGCCUGUCGGGAUUUGUUUAUGAAACUCACGCUAAAAGGAGGCGAUGGAGUCCUUGUGUGGAGCAGAUUCUCCCUUCUGGGAUCCUAAUCGGACGAUUCACACUGACAAUCCUGACUUGACGCCGUGUUUUCAGAGCACCGUUCUGGCCUGGAUUCCAUGUAUAUAUUUAUGGAUCACGCUGCCCUUCUACCUCCUCAGUCUCAAGAAGAACAAUAAAGGGUACAUUGCGAUGUCCCUACUCAACAGAUUUAAAACGGCUUUUGGCGUGCUGCUGUGGCUGGUCUGCUGGGUAGAUCUCUUCUACACAUUUUAUGAGCAUUCAAGAGAUGAGGUGAAAGCUACGGUUUUCUUUGUCACACCUCUGAUAAUUGGAGCCACCAUGCUAGUUGCCACAUUUCUGAUCCAGUAUGAACGGCUAAAAGGGGUGCAGUCUUCUGGAGUCCUUUUUAUAUUUUGGCUUUUAUCUGUACUUGCUGCAAUUAUUCCGUUCAGGUCCAAGAUCAUGGAAACUACAGCCAAGGAAACCGUGGAAGACCAUGUACGAUUUACGACUUUUUACAUUUAUUUUGGACUUCUCCUAAUUGAACUGGUCCUUUCGUGCUUUAAUGAAAAACCUCCCUUGUUCUCCAACAUUGUAACAGACCCAAAUCCCUGUCCGGAAUCAAAUGCUGGUUUCCUUUCCACAAUGACAUUUUGGUGGUUUACUGGAAUGGCCAUUACAGGAUACAAGAGACCUCUGGAAGAUAAGGAUCUCUGGUCUUUGAACCAACAAGACAAAUCUGAAGUUAUCGUUCCCAGACUGCUGAAGGAAUGGGAGAAAGAAAAUUCCCAACAUUGCAGAAAAAAAGAAGAACAAGUGUUGUCAAAGCCAGAAAAGAGUGCAAAUCACGUGGACCAAUGUAAUGAAGCGUCUGAAAUGCUGGCAUCCGAAAAGAAGGUGACAAAACAACCAUCUUUCCUGAAGGCUUUGAUUAGAGCCUUUGGUCCAUACUUCUUGAUUGGCUCGGCAUACAAGCUGCUUCAGGAUCUCAUCUCUUUUGUCAACCCACAACUUUUAAACUUAUUGAUAGCUUUUAUCAAAAAAAGCGAUGCUCCUUCAUGGUGGGGCUUUUCCUUAGCAUUCCUUAUGUUUUUUUCUGCUCUCCUUCAAACAAUCAUCCUUCAUCAACAUUUCCAGUACUGCUUUGUUACAGGAAUGAGACUGAGAACUGCUAUUGUUGGCGCAAUAUACAGGAAGUCUUUAGUAAUUACCAAUCUUGCGAAACGCUCCUCGACAGUGGGAGAAGUGGUCAACCUGAUGUCUGUCGAUGCCCAACGCUUCAUGGAUCUUACAACCUUCCUCAAUUUGCUGUGGUCUGCCCCACUGCAGAUCAUUCUAGCCUUGUAUUUCCUCUGGGAGAAUUUAGGUCCGUCAGUGUUUGCUGGUGUUGCUGUGAUGGUUUUAUUGAUACCUUUCAAUGCAGCCAUAGCCAUGAAGACAAGGGCCUUUCAGGUUGAACAAAUGCAAUACAAGGAUGCCCGCAUCAAGCUAAUGAAUGAAGUUUUAAAUGGCAUCAAGGUCUUAAAGCUGUAUGCCUGGGAAAAGUCAUUUAAAGAUAAAAUUCUGGAGAUAAGACAGAAUGAACUGAAUGUGCUAAAAAAGACUGCGUAUCUUGGGGCACUCUCGACAUUUGCGUGGACCAGCGCUCCCUUUCUGGUUGCCUUAACAACAUUUGCCGUUUAUGUUACUGUGGAAGAAAAAAAUGUUCUUGAUGCCCAGAAGGCCUUUGUGUCACUGUCUUUGUUUAACAUCCUGAGGUUCCCCUUGAAUAUGCUGCCACAGGUCAUUGGCAGUAUAGUCCAGGCGGCUGUGUCGUUAAAGCGUAUCCAGCAUUUCCUGAAUCAUGAUGAACUUGACCCAGAGAGUGUAGACAGAAAAAAUAUAUCACCAGGCUAUGCUGUCAGUGUAAUGAAUGGGUCAUUCAGCUGGGAUCGGAAUGGCUCUGUUACGCUGAACAACAUCAACCUGUUGGUCCCUGGUGGCUCUCUAGCGGCUGUAGUUGGCCAUGUCGGAUGUGGCAAAUCCUCACUAAUUUCUGCCCUUCUUGGUGAAAUGGAGAAACUUGAAGGGAAAAUAGCAAUUAAGGGUUCUGUAGCCUAUGUGUCCCAGCAGGCCUGGAUCCAAAAUGCCACUCUCCGAGACAACAUUUUGUUUGGUCACCCUUAUAAUGAACAGAAAUAUCGGCGAGUUCUUGAGGCUUGUUCUCUGCUAACUGAUUUAGAAGUUUUACCAGGCGGAGAUCAGACAGAAAUAGGAGAGAAGGGCAUUAAUUUGUCAGGUGGACAGAAACAGCGUGUUAGCAUUGCCCGAGCCCUCUACAGUGAAGCUGAUGUGUUCUUGCUAGAUGACCCUCUCUCAGCUGUAGAUGCACAUGUUGCAAAGCACAUAUUUGACAAAGUCAUCGGACCAGAGGGAGAACUGAAAGGAAAAACUAGAAUACUGGUGACGCAUGGAAUCAGUUUCUUGCCUCAAGUUGACAACAUUGUUGUGAUGGUUGAAGGACAAGUGUCUGAAAUGGGGUCUUACCAGGACCUAUUGAGACAGAAUGGUGCCUUUGCAGAAUUCUUGAGGAAUUAUGCCCUUGAAGAUAUAACUGAAGAAGAAGAAGAAGCAAUUCUUGCAGACAUUGAGGAAGAAGACUCAUUUCCUGAAGAUGCGUUGAGCAAUCAUAUUGAUAUAGUUGAUAAUGAACCAGUGGUCAAUGAGGCACGCAAGCAGUUUAUAAGGCAAAUCAGUGUGAUCUCUUCAGACACUGAGAAUCCCAAAAAAAUGUCCGUCAGAGUAAGGAGAUACAGUGAAAGACGGCAUGAUCCUCCAGCAGAAAGCAAAGCACCCGAGGUUAAGAAACUUAUUCAGGCUGAAGUGGCAGAGACGGGCAGGGUGAAGCUAAAAGUAUUCUGGGACUAUAUAAAAGCUGUAGGACCGUUUCUCUCCAUCUUUAUUUGUUUUCUUUACUGCUGCCAGAAUGCAGCAGCUAUAGGAGCAAAUAUUUGGCUCAGUGAGUGGACAAAUGACAUUAUCAUUAAUGGCACCCAACAAGACAGAAAACAGAGGGUUGGGGUGUACGCAGCGCUAGGGAUUACUCAAGGUCUGCUUAUCUUGGCCACCUGCUUUCUAAGUCGAGCCUAUUGUAUGCUGCAAGCUGCGGGGAUGAUCCACCAGCAAAUGCUCCACAGUAUCCUGAGGUCCCCUCUGGGCUUUUUCGAAGCUACUCCCUCUGGGAGAAUUUUGAACCGUUUCAGCAAAGAUGUGGAUACAAUUGACACUCACAUUCCUGAAAAUAUAGAUAUCUGGAUGCGCACAUUCUGGUACACGGUGACUGUGUUCCUCGUAUGCUCUGCCCUCACCCCUGUCUUCCUCAUAGUCAUAGUGCCAUUAAUGAUGUUCUAUUGGUGGGUCCAGAGAUUUUAUGUGGCAACGUCGCGUCAGCUUAAGCGGCUGGAGUCUGUCAGUAGGUCUCCUAUCUAUUCUCACUUUUCAGAAACGAUCACUGGCACCAGUGUUAUCCGGGCCUAUGGUCGAUGUAAUGCUUUUGUUCUCCUAAGUGACAUGAAAGUAGAUGAAAACCAGAAAAGCUAUUACCCUGGUAUUGUUUCAAACAGGUGGCUCGGCAUUCGAGUGGAAUUCAUAGGGAACUGUGUCGUAUUAUUUGCGGCACUCUUUGCUGUAAUUGGCAAAGAUAACCUGAACCCUGGGCUUGUGGGACUCUCUGUGUCGUACGCAUUGCAGGUGACAAUGUCCCUAAACUGGAUGGUGCGUAUGACCUCUGACCUGGAAAGCAACAUUGUGGCUGUGGAAAGGGUAAAGGAGUACUCAGAAACCCCAACUGAGGCCCCUUGGAUCAUUAAAGAAAAAAGACCACCGCAGGAAUGGCCAUCCAAAGGAGACGUGGAGUUUCACAACUACAGCGUGCGCUACAGAGAGGGUCUGGACCUCGUGCUGAAGAACCUGAACCUCAAAGUCAAAGGCGGAGAGAAGAUCGGCAUUGUGGGCAGAACCGGAGCUGGGAAGUCCUCCAUGACGUUGUGUCUCUUCAGAAUACUGGAAGCAGCGGCGGGUGAAAUCGCAGUAGAUGAAGUCAAGAUAUCGGACAUCGGCCUCCAUGACUUGAGGACCAAGCUGACCAUCAUACCUCAGGAUCCUGUGCUUUUCUCUGGAACCCUGCGGAUGAAUCUCGAUCCCUUCAACAAUUACACAGAUGAAGAGAUAUGGAAGAUACUGCAGCUUUCUCACCUGAAUAAAUUUGUCAGCAGUCAAGCAGCCCAACUCGAACUUGAGUGCUCUGAGGGUGGAGAAAAUCUCAGUGUCGGCCAGAGGCAGCUUGUGUGUCUCGCGAGGGCUCUGCUGAGAAAAACGAGGAUUCUGGUGCUGGACGAGGCGACGGCAGCUGUGGACCUCGAAACAGACGACCUGAUCCAGUCGACCAUCCGGACGCAGUUUGAGGACUGCACCGUGUUCACCAUCGCCCACCGGCUCAACACCAUCAUGGACUACACUCGUGUCCUCGUCCUGGACAAGGGACAGAUCGCUGAAUUUGACACCCCAGCAAACCUGAUUUCAAAGAAAGGGAUCUUCUACAGCAUGGCCAAAGACGCCGGCCUGGUGUAGCGGGGGGACGGACGGACGGGCGGGCGCGCGCUGCUCUGCCUCCUCCGACGUGAAUGUACGUGUCGACGGCGGGUGAUUGUGUGGCACGCCAGACUAUGCAGCUACCGAUGGCAGAAGCCAGUUUUAUUCUGUUUUUAUCAAACUAAAGAAUGUUCAUAUUUUUAUACUCCAUUUACGGCUCCAUUGGGUGAUAUUUAAAUGAGGGGGUGGGGCUCGGGUGGGUUGGGACAUCAUCGGGUAUAAAGGGGGUCUGCAGCACUGGCACCGGUUCAUCGGGUGGGCCGUCCUCGCGGCCGCUCACAAUUCUGACUGUAAACUUAGAAAUCCCACCCUGACACCAACAAUACAGCGGAGGCCUGGGGGUCCGCACCACUGGCGAUUUUUAGUUUGUCAAAAGUCUGCACUUAAGUUCAACUAAGCAAGUGUGGUGAGUUGGUUUAGAGACCGCACAGCCCGUGACCCCCGAGACCACCCAGGACUGUUUCUAAAGAGCAGAGGCGCUCAUUGAUGGCCACGACACACAGAAAGGGCCUGAGGUUUCACUCCAGCAGACGGGGCCGGGGAUGCGUCUCCUGAUUAAAUGUGCGGUGGGCCCAACCGGGGGUCUCGGGUCACUGAGUACCCAACUGCACCCACCCUGACGACUGAGAAGGAGAGUAAAAAAUAAAGGACAGGAAUUAAAGACCACACAGCGCGUGCACAGACCCCUGAGGGGCCAGAAAACAAACCACGCCGUGGAGUCCUCACGUGAUACGCCCAGAAGACUGCAGUGCUGGCAGACACCACAGAUCUGAAGGUGGCACCGCUGCCCACCAGAAUGAGCCCACCCUGCUUGGAGCCGUGGAAGCAGAAAGCCGCAGAUGUGCCAGACGGACAACUGGAGCCUCCUGGGACACCAGAAAGGAAAAAGGUGGUCUGCUAACUCUGUGUGAGUGUGUGUGUGUGUGUGUAGAAGAGCAGCCAUGUGGAGACCUUUUUAUACGCGAGUAUCCUCAGGUGAUGAAAACAUGGAGUUCACUUCAGCUUCAUUAUUCACUCUUUUUAUUUGUGUUGUGGUCGGUGGGCUUUGUUUCCAGAGGUGGCUGGCCAGGGGUGUGUUGCUUCCUCUUGAACUUAAUAAAAAGGCUUAAGACAUCCCGCCCUACCCAACCACAAAAUCACAUGGACUUGAGGACCCCAGAGCUUCGGACCCAUUUGCUGCCCAGAAUUCUGGUCCUCCAUAAAGUGCCACCCCCUAACCUCGGCAGUAAUAACCAGGGCCAUUUGAGAAGACGAAAGCAGACGUGUGAACCACUGCAGUGCCCUCCACCCUGCCAACACUCAGUGGCAUCUCCUGACCUACUUUGUAUUGCGAGUGACUUUCUAGUACCAAUAAAGUGUGAGCCUGUA